AUGACAACGUCGAACCAAGUUUCAGACGAUGGAACGAUUCAGAAAUCCUCGUCAGUGUUGGUGGCAGUGCACGCGCAUCUACGACGUAAUGAGUACACGGUGUUCGGAUUUAACGGCUGGACGUGCCUUACCCGUCAAAAGCCCCUGCUCGAUGCGCACGGCGUCGCUCACAAUCUCCAGUAUGGCAUCCGGACGCGGGCGUCUUCGCAGUGCCCAUUCCGCCUUCUUCUUCACACACGAGAUGGUGUCAACCGCCCGGAACAUUCUAUCCCUCUCAACCUCAUCACGCACGUAUGUGUCGAUGAGGAGGGACACCGUUCUUCCGGUAUUUUGACUUCGUUUAAGAAGUGUGAGACCACUAUCUGGCAGAUUUCGUUCACGAUUCCGUCUGAAGUAGUCAAGAACGCCAGCUCGUAA